AAAACGUCCACAAACCAACGAGAGACGUCACGGCGACUACGUCCUCUUCCUAUAAACAGUCUGUGGUCUAGAGGUAGAAUUCAGAAUGACCGCUCCUGAAAUCCAAAGAGACAUGGAUGUCAUCUACAAACGCCACGCUGCAGCGCUCUGAGCGGAGACGUUCUCAUCAACCCCCCCCCUUGGUCCUCCGCUCACUGACAGAACUUCACCACCUAGCUGAACUAAUCAGCCACUUCCAACACUUCUUCUUUUUAUUCUGCCGUUAACUUCGCUGUCAAGUUCAGCCCUCGUUUUACCUCCGGAGCGUCUCGUCUGUGAGCAACCAAACAAAAGUAAUUAGUGUCUGUCUCUCUGCUACGGGGGCUCCUUCUGUAGCUGCAUCUAAUCUCUACACCAGCAAGCACACGCGCACACACACACGCGUGCACACACACCGUGAGGAGAGGAGGUAAUGAACUAUGAGGGCUACAAAGGAGAAGCAGCAAUCCUCCAGAGAGACAGAGAGUCUGGGAAUCGGCCCGGUGGCUUGUCUUCCACAAUAUAUUAUAAUGUGCAUUUCAAGUCCGCCUCGCUAAGCUGGUGAAACAAAUUGAAUCAAGUGUCUCUGCUCGUGUAAUGACAAGUGGAAAGAAACAAGGAGAAGGAUCCGGGCUGCUAGAAACAAUGCGUGUCUCCUCUAACAGACGACGACACCAGCAGACAUUGAGUCACCGCGUAGAGCCGCUCUUUGUGUUCAUGACGGAUGUUCUUGUCUUAAGGUCUCUGAAGGUGGAUCGGUUUCACUGUUGCUGUUGUUGUUUUCCUCCCAAACAGGUUUGCGGACUCCAUUCGGGGGAUGCUGAAGCUGAUCCUGGUGCUGAUGCUGGCGGGAGCCUCGCUGUCCUCCACCUGGUUCACGCUCACCUGUCUGAGCUCCUUCACCCAUCUCCCCUCCACCGCAGCCAUCCUGUACACGUCCUGCAUCCUGGUGGGCAUCUUCAUCUACAGCAGCGUGCCCAUAUUCUUCGAGCUCCUCAUCGAGACCGUGUACCCGGUCCCUGAAGGCAUCACCUGUGGAGUGGUCACCUUCCUGGGGAACCUGGUGUCCGGCCUGCUCCUCGUCUUCCUCACCUUUUACUCUACAGGUAAGAAGGGAGUGUGAUGAAGACUUAGAUUUAGACUCGUGGCUUCCAGCAGCACCACUUGCAUAAGUUGUGGCUCCGUUCAGAAGCUUCUGGUGCUCCCUGCAGGCUUCUGUCUCUCUCAGCUCCCACGUCCUCCAUUGUUUUCAUAAAUCCAUUUCAUGAAGCUGCAGAUUCUGCCGAUUAAAAGGCGGCCGGACGGAAAAUGAGGCGACGAAGCGAAUCGUCACAAAGAGAGAAAAGCUCCUCUUUGUGUGCUUGAGAUGAAUCUUUGAUUUAGUGAUGCAGCACCUCAGCAGAGAGGACGCCAUGUUGCUUCUCACACACAAACAGUGAACCGAGCAUCACUCCCUCUGCAGCUGACCUCUGCAGCCUGCAUCGGUCAUCAGUACCUUAUUAUGACAUCGCUGCGUAGUUCAAGAAACAACACACAGUUCUACUUCCUGUAGGUUUCGUUAUUUGUGCAAGAAGAACGGUGGUUAGUUUCUAGUUUGUUAAUAAUGAAUAAUAACUUGUCUAUAAUCAUAUCAUGCAGAUUAGCGACUUCUACUUUUCCAAAUUUUGCUGUCGCACGUUUUUUCUGAAUGUCCCGCCCCCCCCCAGGCUGUGAUUGGUCGGUUCAUCUAAAGCAGUGGUUCUCAAACUGUAGGGCGCGCCCCUCUACCUGCAAACUUGUGGCUUUUCGGCGAAAUUUGCCGUUUUGAAUCAAAAUAUAUCAUCCACGUGAAUCGUGUAGAUCCGUAGAGGUUUUUUUUGGGGGGGGUCAACUG